AUGGCGAAACAAGGAAGGAAACUACGCAAUCGUUCACCUACCCAGACUGUUUCUGAGGUGAAUGGAUCUAGGAUGAAGAAUAAAGCUGAAUCCCCUUCUUUCGAUGAUCCGGAACUCCUCGCACCUUCAAUCCCUCUCGGAUCUGCUAAUCGCGCUACUUCUGGUAUGAUUUCUGCUAGAAUGGAAUCUCUGGAUAAUGUACACAGUCCAUAUUUCCUACAUUCUGCUGAUCAUCCAGGUCUCUCUAUUGUCUCUCAUAUACUCGAUGGUUCAAACUACAACAACUGUAUGGUUAAUGCUUGGGUGAUGAAUGUAGUGAACAGGGAAAUUUAUGAGAGUAUUCUUUAUUACGAAGACGCGGCUGAGAUGUGGAAUGAUUUGUUCUUGCGAUUUCGCAUGAGUAAUCUCCCUAGGAAGUAUCAACUUGAACAAGCCAUUUACAUUCUUAAGCAAGGAUCUCUUGAUCUGUCUACUUACUACACAAAGAAAAAAACUCUUUGGGAGCAACUUGCAAAUACUAAGUCUCAUUCUGCGAAGAAAUGCAAUUGUGAUACUGUCAAGGAAUUGUUGGACGAUGCAGAAACCAGCAAAAGCAUCCAGUUUUUGAUGGGAUUAAAUGAUAAUUUUGCUAACAUCAGAGGUCAGAUACUGAAUAAUAGGCCUUGUCCUGGCAUGCCUGAGAUCUAUAACAUAUUAGAUUAG